AUGCCAUCCCCUCAGCCACAACCACAACCACGUCCAAGUCAAAUCCAAAUCCAAAAAUCCCUCCACCGCAUCUCCACCCACCCCACCCUAUCUCCCUACCGGCGUCGGGUCUACCGCGUCCUCCUCUCGAUACCCCCCGGCCGAUGGACCACCUACUCUGCGCUGGCCAAGUACUUAAAUUCCAGCGCGCGCGCCAUCGGCACCGCCAUGCGCACGAACCCGUUCGCGCCCGACGUGCCAUGUCAUCGGGUGUUGGCUGCGGAUCGCACGCUGGGGGGAUACAUGGGGAGUUCGAAUGCCAAGGGGGGAAAGAAUCUGGAACGGAAGAAGAGGAUGUUAGAGGGGGAGGGGGUCAAGUUUAUUGAGGAUGACAAUGGGGCUAGGGGGGUGAAAGCUGUGGGGGGUUGUUUUGUUGAUUUUACGGGGUAG